CACGAUAUUGCGUCACCGAGCGUGCGCCGGUGAAACUCGCUGGAAGUAGUGAUUCAUUUUAGUCAGUGUGUGUAAGAAAAUUUUGCAUGUGUAGUAGUUAAAAUUGCAAGCAAGGAAACAUGCUGAUUAAAGAAUUCCGUGUAACACUACCCCUUACUGUAGAGGAGUAUCAAGUAGCUCAAUUGUAUAGCGUAGCCGAGGCUUCCAAGGACAAUACGGGAGGCGGUGAAGGUAUAGAAGUAUUAAAAAAUGAACCAUUUACGAAUCACCCGUUAUUGGGCGGCAAGUACAAUAGCGGCCAAUACACUUACAAGAUCUACCAUUUGGCGAGUAAGGUGCCAUCGUUCAUUCGGCUGCUGGCGCCGAAGGGAAGCUUGGAAAUACACGAGGAAGCAUGGAAUGCUUACCCCUAUUGUAGAACCAUUAUUUCCAAUCCCGGUUACAUGAAAGACAAAUUUAUGCUUGUAGUUGAAACAUUGCACGUAGGCGACGAAGGUAAUUCUGAAAAUGUACACUGUUUACCCAACGAUAAAUUAAAGCAAAGAGAAGUGGUGCACAUCGACAUCGCCAACGACGACGUGGCGUCGGGCGAUUACAAAGAGGACGAGGAUCCCACCAAGUUCAAGUCGGCGAAGACGGGCAGAGGUCCGCUCAUCGGACCCGAUUGGAAGUUGCGCGUCAAACCGGUCAUGACUUGUUACAAAUUAGUUACCGUCGAAUUCAAAUGGUUCGGAUUACAGUCGAGGAUAGAAACCUUUAUACAAAAGUCAGAGAGGCGGCUAUUUACAAAUUUCCAUAGACAAGUAUUUUGUUGGAUGGAUCGUUGGUAUGGGCUAACAAUGGCCGACAUUCGUGCCAUAGAGGACAAAACGAAAGAGGAAUUGGAGAAGCUCCGUAAAAAGGGCGAAGUGCGAGGCAUGAAGGCCGAUACUGAUUAAAAAAGGAAAUAUUUCGUCGAAAACAAAACAUUAAUAUCUCAAUAGAAAAAUGAAAAUAACUAUCAAUUUAACUUACAAAAAAUAACACGCAACUGUUUGAUUUGGCAGAAAUUAAUUUAAUCGGUAGACGAUUGCUUAAAUUAAUUUAAUAACCUCCUUUCGUCGAUCAAAGUUCUUCUAUUGUCGCGUAAAUUCGCUCUUUUAAACUUCAACAACAUAACGAAAAUAUACUUCUGUGUGAUUUUCCUACCACAACCAUUCUACCACAAUACCAAAGAUUAUCAUUUAUGUUUUAUUUAUCCAAUAUCCAUACGAAAUGAAGUGAGUAGGUGUAGUUUUUUUAUUCAAUGGGAGAUACAUUAGUUGGGCAUAAAAUGGUAUGUGGUGCAACUUUUCCAAAUAUAAAUUUAAUCAAAAAAUUGUUGAUCGUCGAAAUGAUGUUAGAAAUUUUAUCAAACGGAUGCUACCUAAAUUGAUUAACAAACUCUAGCGAAGUGAGGCUACAGACAUUCCGGAAAAAUAGGAUAAUCUAAUUUCCAAUUUGUGUUUAAUAGUAAAUUUAUUAGUCGGGGGUGACGCGGUUUUUCUGAAUGUCGCUAGUCUUGGAAAGUUCUACAGUAUUUUUAAGCGUAAAAAGUAUGACUUUUUUAAAUUAUUUUUUUUAUUAAUAAUAGAGAUCGUGAAGGUGCAUUUAAUAAUAUGUCUCUAAUAGGAAAAAUGUUAGAUUUCGUGCGGGAUGUUUUAACACGGUAAUAUUUUCAUUUGUGAUAUGAAAGCUUAAAAACGAUUGUUGCAUUACUUGUAUAGGAUGUCCCGGACGGAAAGGUAGUUACCAUACGCGUUUUAUUUUCUUUUUUUUUGGUGGGUUAUUUCGCAGCGUAUUGUCCAGUGACAGAGGGGAAAAAUAAUGAAAAAUUUUGUUUCGCGAAAGAAAGAAUGCAGUAAUUGUCCUAGUGUAAGACGCAAAAUUUUUUAUAUUGUGUUACCUUUUUUGUUUGAAUAAAUUGUUUAUUUUAUCGUUUGGUUUUUUUUAAAGGUGGUGGUGUUUUUCAUUAUUUUUCUACUGGUUCCAUUCCAUUUAAUCAGUUUGUUUAGAUAUGGGAAUUUUCUAAUAAUUUUUCAGGACCUUAGUACGAACUAGAAUCUAAUUAAAUUAUAAUAUACCAGUCGAUGUUAUUGAAAUAACUUGACAUUCUUUGUAAUUUUGGCUUUUAUUACGUUAAAUAUCUGCUUAAAAUUGGAUUAGCAUACAGGGUGUCCCACAUAAGAACCGACAAAGAGCAGGGAAGUGUAGGGGUGCCAAAAAUAUGUUAUUUACACAAGUUAAUGUAAUACAAAGUUACAUUCCUAAGAAGUAAUAGACCUUCAAAGUGGAGUUACAGAUUAAAAAAAAUAAUAUCAAUAAUACUCAAAUUUAAAACAAAUAAAUUUGGUGUACAUUAUUAAAUUAUUACUAUACUAAGAGCAUUAAUCGAUAGUAAUUGAUGUAUUGAUGUAAUUGAUGUAUUUUAAAGGGUUCAUCAGGGAUCAAAUGAUGAUCCCUUAAAAUGUUAAAGAAUUUUGUUACCCGAUGGAUCAUUUAAAAAAAAUAUUUUAGGCUCUCUAAACGCCCACGCUCUGUGUGAAUUCUUAAGGGGGACAUCCUGUAUACAUGUAAAAAUGGAAUUGAUUUUUGUAAAUUACAAAUGGCCUAAAAAGGGUUUUUUUUAAUUGCUUAAUUAACCGAUUCAAAUCGCUCUCUUUGAUUAUGACCGGUGUAUAAGUCAAGUGGUAUGGAUGAGCAAGGAUUUGCUACAAAGUUUUUGAUUCCAAUUUUAAUAUUCUCGUAAAAUUACGCUAUCAAGUCAAUUUUUUUGAAACGUUUAGUCGUGUGUGUAUAUAUUUAAUUUAGUUAUUUAAAUGAAACAGUAAAAACCUACCAGUAAUAGAACGAAAUUCUAGAUGUAGCCAUUCUGUAUAUUUUUUUUAAACUAACUUCGUACAGCUCGUUGUCCAAUUUUUCGAAUAAAAAUGUAAAUGUUGAAAUUAUUCAUGUGGAAAUUAUAUAGAUAUAUGAAGAGUACUUAGAAUAAUUAACAAAUUGCAUUCUUCAAUAGUUCAAAGAUAUGUAUGUAAUAUUGUAAAAAAGAAUUGUACACAAAAUGUUAAUAAAAAAGUAGGUAGACAUGUUCAGAUGGAUUUUUGUCGCUUUAAACUCAC